GAUGACAUUGCAGUCAUGAGGAUAUUAUCACAGAUUGACAGCCUAACAGAAAAGAUUGUUGGAGCAGUCUCUUCAUAAAACGACAGACGAGCACUUGCUUCGGAGCCAUGAGAGCAAAGCUGGAGGUCCUAGCCCUGGUCCUGGGCUCCAUCGGCUUGUGUGGGACCAUCGCUGUCACGGCCCUGCCCAUGUGGAGGGUGUCUGCCUUCAUUGGUGCCAAUCUCAUAGUCAUGGAGGAACUCUGGGAGGGCUUGUGGAUGAACUGCUACAGACAGGCCGACUUCAACAUGCAGUGCAAGGUCUACGACUCACUGCUAAUUCUGCCACCAGAGCUGCAGGCAGCCAGGGGGCUCAUGUGUGUGUCCAUAGUCCUGGUUGUCAUCUCCCUCUUUGUCACAGGAUGUGGGACCAAGAAGAGCAACUGCUGUGGCGACAACCAAAAGAGCAAGAACAUCACGUUGGCUUUAGGGGGUAGUUUAUAUCUGCUUUCCUUUCUGACCACACUCAUCCCUGUUAGCUGGGUGGCCCACACCGUCAUCAUAAAGUUCUACAACCCACUAGUGGUGGAUUCUCAGAAACGGGAGUUGGGAGAGGCCCUGUUUAUUGGCUGGGCAACUUCUGGCAUUCUGCUGAUCACUGGGGUCAUCCUUCUGUCAAGCUACUGCAAACGUAGAUCAAAGGAGGAAGAGCCUUAUGCUGAUGUGCAUCUCAUGGCGGAGAGCAUACAGAAAGAGGGGAGCGUGUUCCUUGGGAGGACGCCAUCCAGCUCUUAUAAGCAACAAGAAUAUGUGUAAAGAACUGAGCUGUACAUCUUCCACUUUGCAAUAAUGCUACCUGAGCAAAGGUCACCAGAUAUGGCCAAGAGUGUGCAAUUUAUGUAUGAAUGUAAAUGUUUAUCCUAACUAUUUACACAUUUGAAUCACCGUUACUGUACAUUUCAAAUGUACAUAGCGUUCUUCCAACUCUUUUUAUGGUUCUCAUGUCCAUUGUUGUAUGCUCAGUCCAAAUUCUUUACAGUUGCAAAAGAAAAUGUGAAUUAUAUAAAACUAUUCUAGUCCAUAGAUAUGCUUAUUAAGUAAUCAGUAUGUUUAACAAUACAAAUUCCUCUCACAAUUCUAUACCGUCUAUAUAAAUAAAUUGUAUUUUUUCUAAUGCAUCAAUACACCAUUUGAAACCUGUUGGUAUUAUCAUUAUUUUAUUACCAAAUGCAGAUAGAUUUAUGUAAAUGACCUUUGGAGUUUCUUUUUGCACUUUUGUUUUGGUAGUUAUAAGAUUCUCGGAGGGGAUCUCACCCGGGGUGUAAUUCCAUGUAGAACCGCCACUGUAUACAAUAAACAGAUACCAUCA